ACCCCAAACUCAUCGCCUUUCUCAAAUCCUCUUACCAUUUCCCUUUUCGAAUCUUACUCAUUCGCUUACUUUCUUCACCAAUCCAAUACCUAAACCCCUAAACUUGUCACUGAUUGAGGAAUAGUGUUCAUAAUCUAGUUCUUGCUGAACUUUGCUGGAAUGGGGGCUUUCUUUUCCUGCCCUUUGGCUAAAUACAUUGAUGUGGAAAAUGGUUUAGAAUCCAUCACUGUGAAAUCCAUCAGUUUCGGAGACGACGAAGUAAAAACUCCGGUUCGAUCCAUCAGUUUCAAUAGUAGAGAUUUGGAGCCUAUGGUAAUGAAAUCGGUCGGUUCGGGGAAGAUGACAUUAGAAAUAUCCGUUAGCUUCAAACGUAGAGAGUUGGAGAAGAUGGUAUCACUAGAGGAAAACUUGCUUGUUGUAGCUGAUAGUCCAAAGAGCAAAGAGAUGGAGAUUCAAUCUCCUAGAUCGGAGUGUCGUGAUCGUGAUGAGAUCAAAACGACGACGAAUUCGAAGCACAUGGCUGCCAUGAAAUUGCAGAAAGUUUAUAAAAGUUUCAGAACCAGGAGAAAGCUAGCAGAUUGUGCCGUUCUUGUAGAGCAGAGUUGGUGGAAACUCUUGGAUUUCGCUGAGCUCAAGAGGAGCUCGAUAUCGUUUUUCGACAUAGAGAAACACGAGACUGCCAUUUCGCGGUGGGCUCGAGCUAGAACCAAAGCUGCCAAGGUCGGAAAAGGCUUGUCCAAAAACGACAAAGGUCAAAAGCUUGCUUUACAGCACUGGCUUGAAGCUAUCGAUCCACGACAUCGAUAUGGCCAUAACUUACAAUUCUAUUAUGCUAAAUGGCUUCAUUGUCAGAGUGGACAACCCUUUUUCUAUUGGUUGGAUAUAGGAGAAGGAAAGGAAGUGAAUCUUGUUGAACAGUGCCCGAGAUCGAAACUUCAACAGCAGUGUAUCAAGUACUUGGGUCCGCUGGAAAGAAUGGCUUAUGAAGUUGUUGUGGAAGAUGGGAAGUUCAUGUAUAAGCUAUCGAGGGAGCUCCUUGACACGACCGGAGUCGAUAAGCACGUGAAGUGGAUAUUUGUUCUCAGCACCUCUAAAGCGUUGUACGUUGGCAAGAAACAGAAGGGUAUGUUUCAGCAUUCGAGUUUCUUGGCCGGAGGAGCCACGUCCGCUGCUGGAAGAUUGGUUGUCGAAAAUGGGAUCCUAAAGGCAGUUUGGCCUCAUAGCGGACAUUACCGUCCCACGAAAGAAAACUUUCAGGAAUUCAUCUCUUUCCUUACAGAAAACAAUGUCAACCUCACUGAUGUAAAGAUGAGUCCAGAUGAUGAAGAAGACAACGGACAACAAAUGCCAAAGAACAGUCACCAUGUUCGAUUCGGCUCAACCGAGGAAGAUUGGGUUCAAAAGUUGAGUGGUGGUCGAGACGACGACAUAGCAGAGCUCAUUGCUGAAGAAACGACUGGCAAGAACUCGAUCAUGUCGACUGCCAAGCUGUUCGAGCCAAAGAGGUCGAUCAACCUGAGUAGAAAACUAACCAAUCUUCACAUACCAGAUCGAGGUAACCUGAUCGAGAAACUCGAGAUGGAAAAUAAGUUAGAAGAGGAGAAUAGAAGUUGUGAAGUAGAGAUCAUCCCAGAUGAAUCAAUACUGAAAAGAAUAAACUCACACAAAGAAACCAAAUCAUACCAACUGGGAAGGCAGCUAUCCUGCAAAUGGACAACAGGUGCAGGUCCCCGAAUCGGGUGCGUUCGAGACUAUCCCGUCGAGCUUCAGCUCCGAGCAAUGGAGCAGGUGAGCUUGUCGCCAAGAAUGGUGGCUGCUCGGUCCGAAAUUCAAUGCUCGCCUCGGAUCGCCAGUAUGCUGAGCCCAAGGGUGUGUAGGGCAGUUGACAUGAUGCACCAAAGUAAUACACAGACAGUUGAUUCCUAAUUAUUCUAUUCAUUUGUUGA